AUGUCCUUUUCUCGUAAUCUCUCUCUCUCUCUCUCUCUCUCUCUCUCUCUCUCUCUCUCUCUCUCUCUCUCUCUCUCUCUGGACUCUUUCGACACCAUUCUCCCCUGGUCAAUACAGAUAGCCACACUACUAAAACCUCUCUCACACACUCGCUAUCUAUCUAUCUAUCUAUCUAUCUAUCUAUCUAUCUAUCUAUCUGAUGCAGUCAAUUCAUAUCUAUCUAUCUGUCUGUCAGUCUGUCUGUCUGACGCAGUCUGUUCAUAUCUAUCUAUCUCUCUACCUCUCUAUCUGUCUGUCUGUCUGUCUGAUGCAGUCAAUUCAUUAUCUAUCUAUCUAUCUAUCUAUCUAUCUAUCUAUCUAUCUAUCUUCUAUUCAUAUCUAUCUAUCUAUCUAUCUAUCUAUCUAUCUAUCUAUCUAUCUAUCUAUCUAUCUAUCUAUCACAGUCACUCUAAUGUUAACCAAUAUUUUUCAUAUCUAUCUAUCUAUCUAUCUAUCUAUCUAUCUAUCUAUCUAUCUAUCUAUCUAAGCCUGUUCUUAUCAGUCUAUCGACCUAUCUAUCCUAAAUCCGUUCAUAUAUAUCUAUCUAUCUAUUGCAUGAAAUGCAUUACACUGAUAGAUGCAUUUCUAGCCAUCUACUCAAGCAGUGACUCCCAUGACUAUCUAUCUAUCUAUCUAUCUAUCUAUCAUGUCUUUCAUGUAUGUACGUGUACUCACGAAAUGCUUUUCAUAUUUAUCUAUUUUUUUAGUUUUUCAUAUCUAUUCAUCUAA